ACUUCAGUAUAUUAUAUCUUCAUUGUAUCAUUAUAUAUUAUAUCUUUAUUAUAUCUUGAACUUAACUGAUAGGUGAAUGGAGACUUGCUCCCACCAACUCUUUCCUAUUUACCCUCCCACACACACACUUGGGCUAAAAAGGUCAUAGAGAUAAUAAUGACAUCACAAAAUUUCCCCCAGCCAAAGAAGAAUAGGCAUAAAUCAAGCAGCUCUGGGCAGUAAGCAGGGAAGAACAUACAUUACAAGCUCCAUAAAGACAAUCAGAUGAGGAAAGAUGCUACGGUCCCGGAUGCCCAGUGUCUCAGCAGGCGGUGACUACAGCAAAGGACUUUUCGGCAGAGAAAUGGGACCUUUGCAAGAUCAACUUUGCCAUGGAGAAUAUGACUUACUCAAGUGUGCUCCCAUGUUGGAAAGUGACUUUGUGCAAAUUAGCAAGCGAGGAGAAAUGAUUGACGUGCACAAUCAAAUUCAGAUGGUGACUGUUGCAGUAGCCUGCACAAGCCCCAGUCUGCUGGUCCCCAAUGUAUUACUUCUGGCUCGUCCCCUGUUUCCCCCUGAAGAGCCUCCUCCAAAACUUAAAUCCUUCUUUCAUCCCCGCCACCCAGCCAAGAGAUAUGAGCUUACCAGGCUUUUUCCUCUGUGUCUGGUUAGGAUCUCAAUCCACAAUCCAGAAAAGCAGCAGCUACGAUUCAAGCUGGCAAGUGGCCGUACCUUUUACCUGCAGCUCUGUCCCCAACCUGGCACCCAAGAAGAUAUCUUUAGUCUGUGGGUCAAGGUGGUCAAUAUGCUGCGAUCACCUUUAGACUUGAGCAUAAAAUCUCACCGCAAGACCAAACAUGAAACCUCCAGGUCAAAGAGUCCAGCAGGAUCCUUAAAUGUAGAAGAAAAAGAGAGUGUACAGAGUGUAUACUUAGCAUCUGGAACACCCAGCCUUAUCCAUGCAGAGCUUGCAAGCAGACAAAGCCUGAUUAUGUCCAUGGAGAGCCUGCCAAGCUCCCAAGGGCCCAGCUGGUCUCCCAUUGCUAGUGAAGAAAAGGUAUUUGACUUCCCACUAGUAGAGGGAAGGAGGUCACCACCACAGCCUUUUGAAAGACCUCCUAGUCGCAAGAGCCGAGGCAGUAGGAAGGAGAGGGCUGCAAGCACUACUUCUUCAAACAGGAAAACCAGUAAGAGUGUCAGAGCAAACAGAAAGAAAUCACCCCGAAAAGACUCAGCCCGGAAAUCCAGCAAGAUCCUCUCCCUUAUCAGUUUCUGUUCCUGGGGGAACUGGCGGAGAAGCAAAUCCCGAGGCAAAGGAAAGAAACGCUGAUCAAAAGGCAGACCUUCAAUGGAAGAGCCUCUUC